UCCCCUUCCAUACCUCACCAACCAACCAAUUCCAUCCCCAUUGCCAUCUCCAUCUCUACCUUCCCCCACUCUCCCAAUCUUUCCUCCCCCCCUCUCUCAUCAAUGGAGGCUUCAUGGGAAGUAAGUGUCACAGACUCAAUCAACACCAUCUACCUCCUCUUCUCAGCCUACCUGGUCUUCGUAAUGCAGCUCGGCUUCGCCAUGCUCUGCGCCGGCUCGGUCCGGGCCAAGAACGCCAUGAACAUCAUGCUCACCAACGUCGUCGACGCCGUGGUCGGCAGCAUUUCCUACUACCUCUUCGGCUUCGCGUUCGCCUUCGGUACUGAUUCCAACCCGUUUAUCGGGACCCAAUUUUUCGCCCUCAAGGAUAUCCCGAACAGCUCUUACGACUACAGCUACUUUCUCUACCAGUGGGCUUUCGCCAUUGCCGUUGCGGGCAUCACUAGCGGGUCCAUAGCCGAACGGACCCAGUUCAGCGCCUAUCUUGUUUUUUCGUUUUUCCUAACCGGGUUCGUUUACCCGGUUGUGGCCCAUUGGGUCUGGUCGUCGAGCGGGUGGCUGAGUCCGAGCUCAAGUACCUUGGUUUUCGGGUCGGGCGCAAUUGACUUUGCUGGGAGUGGUGUGGUGCAUUUGGUGGGCGGGAUUGCCGGGCUUUGGGGCGCGUUAAUUGAAGGCCCAAGAGUUGGCCGCUUCGAUGCGUUUGGUAAGCCCGUCCCAAUGCGGGGCCACAAUGCGACUCUCGUCGUGCUCGGGACAUUCUUGCUGUGGUUCGGGUGGUUCGGGUUCAACCCGGGAUCCUAUGCUAAAAUCCUUGUGCCCUACCCCGACUCGACAGACCAAGGAAACUGGACCGGAGUGGGCCGAACCGCAGUAACUACAACUCUCGCUGGUUCAACCGCCGGAAUCGUAACAUUGUUCGGCCGACGGUUGCUAGUGGGUCACUGGGAUGCCCUCGACGUGUGCAACGGGUUGCUCGGCGGUUUCGUGGCGAUCACGUCCGGCUGCGCGGUGGUGGAACCAUGGGCCGCCAUCGUCUGCGGGUUUUUCGCCGCCUGGGUCCUGAUCGGGCUCAAUAUCUUGGCCCUAAAACUUAAAUUCGACGAUCCACUGGAGGCGACGCAGCUACACGGCGGGUGUGGGGCUUGGGGCCUCAUAUUCACGGGCCUUUUCGCAAAAGAGGAGUUUGUGGUUCAGGCCUACGACUCGGGCGAGAGCGGAGUGACGAGGCCCUACGGGCUGUUUCUGGGCGGGGGAUGGGGCCUUCUCGGAUGCCAAGUGAUCGAGGUGUUGGUAAUUGUGGGCUGGGUUAGUUUGACAAUGGGCCCUCUUUUCUAUGCCCUUCACAAGCUCAGGAUUUUGAGGAUAUCUGUUGAUGAGGAAGUUGCUGGGCUUGAUAUCUCCAGUCACGGAGGGUAUGCCUAUACUGCUCACCAAGAAGAAACCCCACGGUUUUAUGCUGAUUAUAUGAGGCUGCAAGAUCGGUCUUGAUUUCUCACUCUCCAGCGGCCAUUCAGCAAUGGAAUUUUAAACCAUUAUUUAUACAGUUAUUUACCUACAUAUCGGCUGAUAUUGGCCAAUGUAUGACUAUAUCAUUGCUAUCAUUAUGUAUCUUGAUUCAAAUACCGAAAAUCUUGAUUUCUAUAUUGUUCUAGCUUAUAGGCACUAUUCAAAUUUUUGUAGUCUCCAUUUUUUUAUUUUUGGUCCGCAUGAAUAAUGUAAGAGUUCUCGGAACCUCGACUACAGUCUUGUAGUUUAGAAUAGCAUUCUAGUUUUGUAUAUAUAGUAUUGUUUUUUUGACA